UCAUUACGCGCUCGAUUUUGUUUACAACGCUGCGGCUCGAGGUAGGCAUUUAAUUUCGGUUCCAGUUUUGUGGUAAUUGUCCGGCAAGACAAAAGGACACGGUUUUCGUGCUGUAAAGGUAACACACCGAGCACGAUGGAACACUUUCAGAAGAUUGAAAAGAUUGGCGAGGGUACGUACGGGGUAGUGUACAAGGGACGUAACAAGUUGACCGGUGAGAUCGUGGCAAUGAAGAAAAUCCGGUUGGAAACGGAAGACGAGGGUAUACCAUCGACGGCGAUCAGAGAGAUCUCCCUGCUGAAAGAGCUGAAACACCGGAAUGUGGUUUCGCUGAUAGAUGUGCUGAUGGAGGAGAACCGUUUGUAUCUGAUCUUCGAGUUUCUGUCGAUGGAUCUGAAGAAGUACAUGGACAGCCUGCCGCCGGAGAAGAUGAUCGAUUCGGACCUGGUGAAAAGCUACAUGUAUCAGAUAACGGCCGCGAUGUUGUUCUGUCAUAAACGGCGCGUCCUACACCGUGAUCUGAAACCACAGAACUUGCUCAUCAACAAGGAAGGUGUGAUAAAGGUGGCCGAUUUUGGAUUGGGCCGUUCGUUUGGUAUUCCGGUGCGCAACUACACACACGAGAUCGUGACGCUCUGGUAUCGAGCGCCGGAAGUGUUGCUUGGAUCGCCGCGCUACUCCUGCCCGGUGGAUAUCUGGUCGAUUGGAUGCAUUUUUGCGGAGAUGGCCACCCGGAAGCCCCUAUUCCAAGGUGAUUCGGAGAUCGAUCAGCUGUUCCGGAUGUUCCGCAUACUGCGCACACCGACGGAAGAAAUUUGGCCGGGAGUAACUUCGCUGCCGGACUACAAGUCAACAUUCCCGUGCUGGACGCAGAACAAUCUCGCUAGUCAGGUGUCGAACCUGGAUUCGACGGGUAUCGAUCUACUGCAGAAGUGUCUUAUCUACGAUCCGAUAUUGCGCAUUUCGGCAAAGAAAAUCCUCGAACACAAGUACUUCGAUGGGUUCGAGCGGUGCAACAUACCGACGGAAUAAUCCCGACCAUCCUUUGCCGUACAGUCUCUCUAACUCUCGCUUUUAAGUUUUGUAUGAUCGAGUUGAAUACUCGCUUGUUAGUCGGCUUAGAAAUACGAUGCCGCGUGGAAUAUCUACUGUA